GAGUUAAACAGCUAAACCAGACCACUUUGGUACAAAAAUAUAAAAAACCGACCUUGAAACGUCGGUUUCCAUGUGAAUAAUGUGAGCCUUGUUCGAGACAACGCGAAAAUAAAAAAAAGUCUCUGGUCUUGAUCUUAAUCUUAUCGUCCUGUUUCUUAAAUUUUUCCGGUAACAGAGGAGCGCGGCUACGAAACCGCUCUCGAAUUCCUUUUUCAUUCGGAACAUCACCCAAUUCUCUAGCAAUUUCCACAUGACUUCAGAUGCUCUCAACAUACCAUCCGAGCUUGAAUCUGCGUUACGGCUCAGGACGGUACAGUACUUUAUCACAAAGAGGCCUUGGCUUGAUCUCUAUGGAGUCCAUGUAAGGCCCGUGGCACCAUUCGGAAGCACAAGCAGUAAACCACAAUUUGAUCCUGCUUUGAUUCAUCGCUCCUUGCCUGAUGAGCUUCUUUUCGAGGUGUUUGCUCGGAUGUUGCCUUAUGACCUUGGCAGAGCAGCUUGUGUCUGCAGAAAGUGGAGGUACACUGUUCGCAACCCUGUCUUCUGGCGUAACGCCUGCUUGAAAGCUUGGCAGACUGCUGGGGUUAUCGAAAACUAUAGGAUCUUGCAGUCUAAAUACGAUGGAUCAUGGAGGAAAAUGUGGCUUCUUAGAUCCAGAGUUCGUACUGAUGGUAUUUAUGUGAGUAGGAACACUUACAUUCGAGCUGGAAUUGCGGAGUGGAAGAUUACAAAUCCAGUUCACAUUGUAUGUUACUUCCGUUACAUAAGAUUCUACCCUUCUGGUAGAUUUCUUUACAAGAACUCUUCGCAGAAACUGAAGGAUGUUGCCAAAUACAUGAACUUUAAGUCUUCUAAAGCAGACGGUCUUUACAGAGGCACUUACACAUUGUCAAUGACAGAUGACAAGAUCGAAGCAGCUGUUCUGUAUCCAGGGACGCGCCCUACUGUCUUAAGGAUCCGUUUAAGGUUAAGAGGAACGGCGAUAGGAGCAAAUAACAGGAUGGAUUUGCUGUCACUAGUGACGAGUGGUGUGAACGAUGAGGAAGGAAGUAGCACAGAAGAAGACAUUCUUGGGGUAGUUGAAAAUUGGAGAGACGAUGAAACUCACAACCCGGAUAUACCUGCCGUCUCACACAAGAGGGGUAUGACUCCCUUCGUCUUCGUCCCGUUCGAAGAGGUUGAACAAUCGGUCUUGAACUUACCUCCAGAGAAAAUGGAUUACUUUGUCACCGGCUAGAGUGACGCAUCGCAUCAACGCCUAUCUCAAUGUACAAAGAAGAUGAUAUAUCAAUGUAGAAUAUAAUGUUUGCAUGCUUUAUUUGAUUAUUAUGACUACAACAUUACUACUAGUGUGUCUGUUUGUUGCUGUUACAAGGCGCAGUGUGACAUUUUGUUGUUUACAUAUAAACAUGCAAGAAGCUUUAAUAAUGUAA